AUGCGCCAUUUGUCGGAUGCCUCCGAUUUCCGAAUUCAGAAAGCCGCUUCUGUUAGACAGGAUGAAAGUGUCGAAUGGUCACACCACUACCGUUUUUCGUCGUCGGCGAUGCCCGUCAUGCUUUUCGGCAGCACGGACAUAGUAGGUCGUGUGCGUGCAAUAGACGAUCGACAUGUGGAGGAGGACAUCGAUGGACGACUACUGGUCGUGGCGGUUACCGUCCAAAUCCUAAUUGGAGGUGGUGUCACGGUUGCAGGUGGCGUCCACUGUAAUUCGUACGGUGGUUCAUCGUCGGUGGUAUCCAUUGACAGUGGACAGUUCGUAGUCGUAGUGCAUGGAGGUAGUGUCGUCGUGCGCGAGGUAAUCUGCAGCGACGGGCACGGUGGCAACGUACAUGUUGACGAUAGUGGUGGUGGUGUUGGUGGUGGUGAUGGUGGUGGUGUCGACAACGGUGGUGGUGGUGACGGAAGUGUUGGCGACGGACACGGCGAAGAAGGUAGCUUCCGGAAUGGCCACGGAAGCACUAUCGGACAUCGGAUCAUGGACGUCGGCCGCUGUGGACGGAACGUGGUGGUCUCCGGCAGCGAUUGA